GUACAAGCAUUACAAGUUUUGAGAACAAAGACAUGAAGUCCUGCUUUCAAACUGAAAAUGUGUGCUCUCGAAUUAUGGCAGUAAAAUUUCCCCAUACACCUUCCUCUGGAUCAGAUCCAUCGUCCUCCGGCCUAGCCCCGCCCUCCACCGUUGCUACGCAGUGACGUCAUAGACAGAGAACAUGGCGGCUGAGCUGAAGGCGGAAGCGGGACACGGCAGGUGGACGUCCAUCCUGUGAGACCCGUCGCCAUGAGCAACAAGGAGAUGGUUUCCACGGAGACAGCAGAGAAUAAAGGCCAGAGGAAGGUGUUUGUUCCCAACAAGCUGCUGGACUGCCUGCCGCGCUCGGCAUGCCUGCCUAACGAGCGUCUGAGGUGGAACACUAACGAGGAAAUCGCCUCCUACCUGAUAUCCUUCGACAGACACGACGAGUGGCUCUGCUGCUCCCUGAAGACCAGGCCGAAGAACGGCAGCAUCAUCCUCUACAACAGGAAGAAGGUGAAGUACAGGAAGGACGGCUACUGCUGGAAGAAGAGGAAGGAUGGGAAGACGACGAGAGAGGACCACAUGAAGCUGAAGGUCCAGGGCAUGGAGUGCCUCUACGGCUGCUACGUCCAUUCCUCCAUCGUGCCAACAUUCCACAGACGAUGCUACUGGCUGCUGCAGAACCCAGACAUCGUGCUGGUCCACUACCUGAACGUGCCGUCACCAGAGGAUUCUGGGAGAUGCAGUCCUUUGCUGUGCACGGUGUCUGAGCGCCACGACACCCUGAGGUGGAGCCGGGACGACCUGCUGGGCCAGCUGAAGCCCAUGUUCCACAGCAUCAAGUGCUCCAUGGGUUCUGGAGACUUCAGCAUCGAGGAGCUGGUGCAGCACAUCCUGGACCGGCAGAGAACCAAACCACAGCCCCGCACACACGCCUGCCUCUGCAGCACAAACCAAGUGUCACCAGGAGUGAACAUUCCCCACCGCUGCAACAGCACCAAGCAUCGGAUCAUCUCCCCCAAACUGCCACCGUCCUCCUCAGGACCUGCCGCCUCCCCGCCGUCCUCCGAACCGGGAGAGUCAGGGAGAGGGGGAGGAGAGAGUAAGCUACCCCAGCUGCAGCCUCAGAGCCCCGCGUCCUCCCCCAGCCCUUCAUCCACGUCUGCCCCCCCUCCCUCGCUCGCCCUCUCCCUGUCUCCCACCUCCUCUGUGGCCCCUCCCCUCCUGCCGCUCUGCCUGGAGCUGGGCGCGCUGGGGGAGUCCGACGGGGUGAAGGAGGAGUCCCGGUCUGAGGAAGAGGAGCUGGAUGAGCGGACUGAUGAUGAUGAUGAAGGCAGUGCCCCCCCCACCAAGCUGGUCCUGCUUCAGACAAGCCACGCCCCCUCCAGCCCGUCUCCUAGGCAACACACAGACAGUGGCUCCGCCCCCCUCCUGCUGGCCUCCCAGGAUCGGCCAGGUGAACCAUCCCAGCCCACCAAUCAGACGCCGGCACCGCCUGGAGGGCAGCAGCCAUUGGUCCUGCCGUCGUCCAAUCAGCUGCCCGGACCUGAAGCUCCGCCCCCUGCUGAGAGUUCCCAUCAGCACCUGGAGCUGCUGUCAAGCUCGGCAGCUGUUGCCAUGGAGACAGCCUCCCUAGCAACGGUCCAGGUGAAGGAGGAGAGGAGGCGGCGCUACGACUCUGAGGACGCCUGCAUGGACAGCCAGGAGGAGGCGGAGCCUGAGGAGCUGGACAUCUCCUUCGACAGCCAGUUCCCCGACCUGAUCUCUGACCUCAUCACCGAUGAGCCGGGCCCCGCCGCCGCCCCUCCGGCUCCGCCCAGCGCAUCGGGUCCGGCCGUGUUCCCCACCGGCGUCCGCUACGUGGUUCCGCCGCAGCCGUCGCCGUCCUCCUCCUUCCUGCCGUUCCCCCAGCCGCUGCCCGCCGCCGCCCGCCUGGCCGCCAUCACAGACUUCUCCCCGGAGUGGUCCUACCCAGAGGGCGGAGUGAAGGUUCUGAUCACCGGGCCGUGGAGCGAGCCGUCGGGUCGGUACUCCUGCGUGUUCGAUCAGAGCGCCGUCCCCGCUUCCCUCAUCCAGCCCGGGGUUCUGCGCUGCUACUGCCCAGCCCACGAGGCUGGCCUGGUGUGUCUGCAGGUUCUGGAGUCCGGUGGGUCGGUGUCGUCGUCGGUUCUGUUCGAGUACAGAGCGAGGAACGCCAGCUCUCUGCCCAGCUCCCAGCUGGACUGGCUCUCAUUGGACGACAACCAGUUCAGGAUGUCCAUCCUGGAGCGGCUGGAGCAGAUGGAGCGCCGGAUGGCGGAGAUGGCGGCUCGGGACGGCCUUCAUCAUCAUCAUCAUCAGCAGCAGCAGCAGAGUGGGAACCAGCUGGCCACGCCCCCUCCUCUACCUGAUGACCAGCAGCAGUGUUCCCAGUGGUUUGAGAGGAGGAUCGUUGGUGUGUGUGAGCGGAUGAUGAGAGGAGCGUGCUGGGGAGGAAGAGGAGGAGGAAGAGGAGAGAGCCUUCGUCACUCGGCCGGUCACCGUGGGAUGACGCUGCUGCACCUGGCUGCUGCCCAGGGCUACACCCACCUGAUCCACACCCUGAUCCACUGGAGGGCGAUGAGCAGCGACAGUCUGGACCUGGAACAGGAAGUGGACCCCCUGAACAUCGACCACUUCUCCUGCACGCCGCUGAUGUGGGCGUGCGCCCUGGGCCACCAGAGGGCAGCAGAGCUGCUGUACAGCUGGAACGGCCUGGCGCUGGGCAUCCCCGACUCGCUGGGCCGCCUGCCGCUCGCCGUGGCGCGCUCCCGUGGCCACACCCGCCUCGCCGCCGCACUGGAGGAGCUGCACACACAGCGCUCUCAGGCGGCCACCAGGGACGGGCCGCCGCCGUCCCCUCUGUCCACCAGCCUGGACACAGGUCUCAGCUCCUCCAGCAGUCUCCCCUCACCCAGCGACCCGUCCUCGCCGUCCCCCAGCUCCGCCUACUCCAGUGGCCCCGCCCCCAUGGACACCUCCCCCUCGUCUCCAUCAUCGCUCUCCUCUUCCUCGCUGUCCAUCUCUCCUUCUUCCCCGUCCUUCAUUCAGUCCACCGUUCCCUUGGCGUCCAUGUGGAGGGAGGAGCCUAACCCGACUGUCAGCACAGGUAACCCUGGUUUAACCGCCAGCGGCUCCAGAGACCUGAUGGACUACAAGAACGCCCCGCCCACAGACACGCCCCCUCAGAGCGCGGGGCGGCGGGCGCUGCUGGAGGAGCAGCUGCUGAGCUACGGCGAGAACGCCGAGAAUGAAGGAGAGGAGGAGGAGUACCUGGAGGACGAGGUGCUGCAGGUGGACAUGGCGACGCUGGCGGAGCAGAUCAUCGAGGCGACGCCGGAGCGAAUCAAACAGGAGGAUUUCCCCCGGGGGGCGGAGUCUCCGCUCAGAGAGAGGCGGGACAACCCGGCCAUCCAGGACACCUGGUUGGCCACCUACCUGGAGACGGUGGACAGCCAGUCCCCGCCCAGGCGGGUCUGCCCCCCCUCGCCGCUCAGCGCUCUGGCUCUCCAGAGGCUCCGCCCCCCGUCGUCCGCGGCGUGGGCGGAGUUCCUGAACGCCUCGGCCAAUGGGAAGAUGGAGAGAGACUUCGCUCUGCUGACGCUGACGGACGGCGAGCAGAGGGAGCUGUACGAGGCCGCCCGCAUCAUCCAGAACGCCUUCCGCCGAUACAAGGGUCGAAGGUUAAAGGAGCAGCAGGACAUGGCGGCCGCCGUCAUCCAGAGGUGCUACAGGAAGUACAAACAGCUAACAUGGAUAGCUCUGAAGUACGCGCUCUACAAGAAGAUGACCCAGGCGGCCAUCUUGAUCCAGUCCAAGUUCCGGUCGUACUACGAGCAGAAGCGGUUCCAGCAGAGCCGGCGGGCCGCCGUGCUGAUCCAGCAGUACUACCGCAGCUACAAGGAGUACGAGAGGCUGAAGCAGGCGCCACGAGGGGGCGCCGCACUCAACCCCAAGAGCAACAGGGGGUCGUUCCUGACGAAGAAGCAGGACCAGGCGGCCCGGAAGAUCAUGAGGUUCCUGCGGCGCUGCAGACACAGGAUCAAAGAGCUGAAGCAGAGCAGGGAGCUGGAGCGGAGAGGACUGACCACGUAGAGGGACGGAGAGACGGAGGACAGGAGGACAGAGGGACGCAGGAGCAGAGAGGACUGACCACGUAGAGGGACAGGAGGAGGACAGAGACACAGAGACGUGCUGUCCUGUCCCUCAGGACUCGGUCUCCCACUGCUCUGUCUGGUUCUAGUCCGAGUCUUUGUGGACCGGUGUGUGCGUUGGAGCGGCGCCUGACAGACACAGCGUGGGGCACAGCCGGCCCAUCAGCUCUGCUAGCUCUCCUCUGAUUGGUCGCUCUGAAGUAUUGACCUUUGACCUUUCAGACAAGUCACAGCUUCUUCUAUUUAAACCCAUAAUAGAGAGUAGAGACGCUUCUAUUUAUUACAGCAUGAACUGUGUGUGUGUGUGUGUGUGUGUGUGUGUGUGUGUGUUUUGCACUGACUGAAGUCUUACCCCCCCUUUUACCUCCCAGCUGCUUUUGUAAAUCCAGCUGUCAAGCAGAGACUGAAGGAAGCAGCGUCAGAACCAGGACCAGACCCUGGACCAGGUUCUGGUUCUGGUCCAGGUUCUGGUUCUGCUCAGUCCGGCCUGCAGCCUCCAGUCUCUGUCCUUCAGCCAUUGCAGUGAAUCUUUGCACGACUUCCUGUUUCCUGUUUGUUCUGAAAACGAGACGUGAAGUUCUGACAAUAAAUCAGCUGAUUGCUCCUC